AAGUAGACUGAACAAAGAUCUGAGGCAUUAUCUCAACCAGAGGUUCCAGAAAGGAUCUCCAGACCACGAGCUGCAGCAGACCAUUAGAGAUAACCUUUAUCGCCAUGCUGUGCCUUGCACAACCCGCCCUCCAAGAGAAGGAGAAGUGCCUGGUGUGGACUAUAACUUCCUGACUGUGCAGGAGUUUCUGGAGCUUGAGCAGAGCGGGACCCUUCUUGAAGUAGGAACAUAUGAAGGUAACUAUUAUGGAACACCCAAGCCUCCCAGCCAACCCGUCGGUGGGGAAGUGAUUACCACUGAUGCUUUGCAAAACCUUCAGUCCGGCUCCAAGCAGUCGACUCCAAAACGAACCAAGUCUUACAAUGAUAUGCAAAAUGCUGGCAUAGUGCAUACAGAGAAUGAGGAUGAGGAUGAUGUUCCUGAAAUGAGCAGUAGCUUUACAGCAGACUCGGGCAACCCAGACGAGCACAAUACGCAGAGUGUAAGAGAGACAGCACCGCAACCUGUGAAUAAUAGCCUCACCACCGUUCCCACCACGGAACCAUCUCAGAACCUCCCCCAAUACCUACCUCCUGCAGAGGAUAACUUAGGUCCUCUACCUGAAAAUUGGGAGAUGGCCUAUACCGAGAAUGGAGAAGUCUAUUUUAUAGACCAUAAUACUAAAACAACAUCUUGGCUAGACCCACGGUGCCUGAACAAACAGCAGAAGCCUCUAGAAGAAUGUGAAGAUGAUGAAGGGGUACACACGGAGGAACUGGACAGUGAACUAGAACUGCCUGCUGGUUGGGAAAAGAUCGAAGAUCCCGUAUAUGGUGUCUACUAUGUAGACCACAUCAACAGGAAGACACAAUAUGAGAAUCCGGUUCUGGAAGCAAAAAGGAAGAAACAGCUUGAGCAGCAGCAACCAGCACCAGAAGAGUGGACAGAAGAACACCCAUCUCUCAUGGCCCCAGCUGCUCCAAACCAUGCUGCAAACAACCAGGAGGCUGUUCGGGAAGCUCCAGUACAAGGAAAACCCUUUUUUACACGGAAUCCUUCUGAACUGAAAGGGAAGUUCAUCCACACUAAGCUCAGGAAAAGCAGCAGGGGUUUCGGCUUCACAGUAGUCGGAGGGGAUGAACCGGAUGAAUUUCUCCAAAUCAAAAGUUUGGUGCUGGACGGUCCUGCGGCGCUGGAUGGCAAAAUGGAGACAGGAGACGUUAUAGUCAGCGUGAACGAUACCUGUGUGCUGGGACACACACACGCUCAAGUGGUUAAAAUCUUCCAGUCCAUUCCAAUCGGUGCCAGUGUGGACCUUGAACUGUGCCGCGGUUACCCUCUGCCCUUUGACCCCGAUGACCCAAACACCAGCCUGGUGACGUCUGUGGCGAUUUUGGAUAAAGAGCCCAUCAUUGUGAAUGGGCAGGAAAACUAUGAUUCUCCAGCAAGCCACAGUAGUAAAACAGGGAAAGUAAACGGCACAAAGGAGCCACGGCCAAGCAGUCCGACUGAGGUCUCUUCUAAUGGAUCCCAUAGUUACCCCAAUGAUACUGUCUCUUUGGCUUCUUCUAUAGCAACCCAACCUGAACUCAUAACUGUGCAUAUUGUGAAAGGGCCCAUGGGCUUUGGUUUUACUAUAGCAGACAGUCCUGGCGGUGGGGGCCAAAGAGUGAAACAAAUUGUGGACAGCCCACGAUGCCGGGGCCUAAAAGAAGGGGAUCUAAUAGUUGAAGUCAACAAGAAGAAUGUGCAGAGCCUCACUCACAACCAGGUGGUGGAUAUGCUGAUUGAAUGUCCUAAAGGGAGCGAAGUCACACUGCUGGUGCAGCGAGGAGGACUGCCAGUCCCAAAGAAGAGCCCAAAGUCGCAACCACUUGAAAGGAAAGACAGCCAAAACAGUUCUCAGCAUAGCGUCUCUAGCCACCGCAGCGGACACACCGCGUCCCCCAUUCACAGCACUCAGGUGCUUCCCGACUACCCCGCCACUGAAGCACCGGCUGCAGAUCAACCGGACAACUCUGGGCAGAAAAAGCCAGAUCCAUUCAAAAUUUGGGCCCAGUCCAGGAGCAUGUAUGAAAGCCGACCUAUGUCACCUUCGCCUGCAACUGGACUGAGCAAGGGUGAGAGAGAGAGAGAAAUCAAUUCCACGAGUUUUGGAGAAUUUCCAGAUUAUCAAGAACAGGAUAUCUUUCUCUGGAGAAAGGAAACUGGCUUUGGAUUUAGGAUUCUAGGUGGAAAUGAGCCUGGAGAACCGAUUUACAUUGGUCACAUUGUACCGCUGGGUGCUGCCGAUGCUGAUGGUCGCCUGCGAUCGGGAGAUGAGCUGAUCUGUGUAGACGGCACGCCUGUGGUUGGAAAAUCGCACCAGCUUGUCGUCCAACUUAUGCAGCAGGCUGCCAAGCAAGGCCAUGUCAACCUCACUGUACGGCGCAAAGUCGUAUAUACAGUUCCAAAAGCAGAGAACGAAGUCCCUUCUCCAGCCUCCUCGCAUCACAGCAGCAACCAGCCUGCUUCCCUGACAGAGGAAAAACGUACCCCGCAGGGAAGCCAAAACUCCUUAAACACCGUGAGCUCCGGCAGCGGCAGCACCAGCGGCAUCGGCAGCGGAGGGGGUGGCGGCAGUGGUGUGGUCAGCACCGUGGUGCAGCCGUACGACGUGGAAAUCCGGCGUGGAGAAAACGAAGGCUUUGGCUUUGUCAUUGUGUCUUCUGUGAGCAGGCCGGAGGCGGGGACGACCUUCGCAGGAAAUGCAUGUGUGGCCAUGCCUCACAAAAUAGGUCGGAUAAUUGAGGGGAGCCCUGCAGACCGCUGCGGCAAGCUGAAAGUAGGGGACCGGAUCCUGGCCGUUAAUGGAUGCUCCAUCACCAACAAGUCACAUUCGGACAUUGUCAACUUGAUUAAAGAAGCAGGAAACACAGUCACUCUGCGCAUCAUUCCAGGCGAUGAAUCCUCCAACGCUACAUUAUUGACCAAUGCAGAAAAAAUUGCUACCAUUACAACCACGCAUACUCCGCAGCAAAUACCACAGGAGAACAGGAACAACACAAAACCAAAGCAGGAGUCCCAGUUUGAUUUCAAACCACCCCAAGCAGCACAGCAGGACCAGGAUUUUUAUACCGUUGAGUUGGAAAGAGGAGCCAAAGGGUUUGGCUUUAGCCUGAGAGGUGGUCGAGAGUAUAAUAUGGAUCUCUAUGUAUUGCGGUUAGCUGAGGAUGGUCCAGCAGAGAGAUGUGGGAAGAUGAGGAUUGGCGAUGAAAUUUUAGAGAUCAACGGGGAGACCACCAAGAACAUGAAGCAUGCUCGGGCCAUAGAACUGAUUAAAAAUGGUGGCCGUAGGGUCCGCCUCUUUCUGAAACGCGGAGAUGGCUCAGUACCAGAAUAUGACCCCAGCAGUGACAGGAACAGUCCAGCCACAGGUUCACAAAAUGUAUCGGAAGUGAAAACCGUGCCAUCUGACCGACGACAACACCCAUCAUUGGAGUCCAGUUAUCCACCAGAUCUUCACAAAUCAUCACAACAUGGGGACAGGCGGACUUAUGUUAAAGACCCAAAAGGCAGCAGAGAGUUUAGCAGACAAUCCAAUGAGCACCACACUUGGAACGGAACUUCUAAAAACAGCGCUAGCGCCGCAGGCAGGAGAAAGGACAGGUCACCGGAAAGGAGGCAAGGCCGACAACCAGAAAAAAUGGUGGUAAAUGGACAAAAGAGGAGGUCUCCUGAAAAGAGGAGGGAAGGGACAAGGAGUGCUGACAAUACCUUGGAGCGAAGGGAGCGGCACGAGAGGAGGAGAGAGCUUUCUCCCGAGAGGCGCCGAGAAAGGUCGCCGACUCGCAGGAGGGACGGGUCGCCUAGCCGGCGGAGGCGGUCGCUCGAAAGACUAACGGAUCAAAGGAAAUCACCAGACCGGAAAAGAGAAAGCUCGCCCGAACGAAGGGCGAAGUCGUCCGACAGGAGGAGGGAGAGGUCGCCUGACAAAAGGACCAGGGGUGAACGAGUCGGCAACAGAGAGAGGGAAGAGCACAGUUCGAAAUACGAUGCUAACAAAAGACACCCCCCCGAGCAGAGGAGGAGACCGUAUAAAGAAUGCAGCACUGAUCUCAGCAUCUGAGGCGUCGUCCAAUGCACUGAGCCACAUCCCAGCCUUUUACAACACUGAAGUUUCUAAGAUGAGAGCAGCAAAGCCAGAAGUAUCCUAGUUUUCUUACGCAACAAAAAAUCUGACACCUGCUGGUCCUACGAAUAGCAACAAACGUUUUAUGCAGAUGAAACCUUAUAACAGAAAUAUAUACAAAAGUGUUGUGCCUGAUGUAUAAUAUUAAAGAAAGUAUUUUUCAGUGUAUACAUUUUUUUGAAGUUACUUGCCAAAUGUUGGUCCUAAAGGAUUAUAAAAUUUUGUUUCUACAUUCUCUGUAGAUUUCUUGAGGGGGAAAAAAAAAAAUUCCUUUAUUGAGCAAUUCCCCACCCCCACGAGUACGUGGGGGCAGCCAAUGUUAUAAUAUAGGUAAGAGAUUUUAUGACCAAGCUUGAGUAAUUUGAUCCAGACUGUUCAAUAGUGAUUCACUGCUAAGUUGUAUGUAGAAUUUUGUUUGAAAGGGGCGGGAAUGGGGGAAAGAAGAAAAAUAGACGUAUCGGUAGGAAUGGCGUACUCCUGCUGAAGGAAUUAAGGAGGGAAAAAAAGAAAAUGUUCCUAAGAUAACAAGAACUGUUUGAAGAGACUACUGUUUCAAUGAAGGAUAUUUAUAAAAAGAAAAAAAAAAAACCCACACACAGCACAAGAUGAUUCAUGAUAAGGAAUUUCUAGUUUGUUCCAUGAACAGUUUAUACUUUCAGGCCCCCUCUAAAGGAUGCGUGAAGGCAAAAGACUGGUAGCCGCCAUCUUUGUGUAAGACACAAAAGUAGACUGUCAAUCUCUCGUUGGUCUCAAAAACACUUAAUUUUUCGUUAAGACAGUACCGCCACAGCCCUACUCGACUACUAGAAGUCUGCGGACAGAAAUCUAAGCAUGCAUGGGAUUUGUUCGGUUUGCUUUGAAGUAGGGUAGCGGAAAUGGGGUACUGGGACAAAGGCACGGUGAAUUUGCGAGAGAGAAGUCCUCCCUUCACUGAGUAGGUGUAUUCCUUCUGCUCAGCCAAAACCAAUGGGCUUUUGUUUUUUUGCCAAAUUGGAAACCGUUCUCUCUAUCUGUAGAUUCGAGUUUUAUUUUACUGGUUCAUCCUUUUUGAGACAAAAGGAGUGCACUUGCUACAAGUGAGGCACGUCAAGGACACAUUUCAGAGCAGAAAGAGGCAAUCCAUGGAAACGUCUGGUUGUGAAUCCUGGAUGGUAGGUCCUGGUUAUGCUGUAAAACUUUGAAUCUAUGAAACAGCAGCCAAAAAAAGGGUAAACAGGAACAAGAAAACAAAGCGAGUCGCUAAGUUGAGUUUUUUAGAUUUGCAAGUUGUGUGGUAAGUCUGCUGUAGUAUUGGUAUAAGAUUUUAAUGGAUUACUGCCUAGCUGAGCCAAAAUGUUUGCCGUUACUGUUGGACCACUAAAGUAAACUGCUGCUUUUUACAGUGCAUUGGUGUGUACAUGUAUACUGUUUCACAUUUUCCAUACCAACACAAAACCAUUGCAAGUCUAUCACUGUUGUUGCCAUGGUACUGUAAAAAAAAAAACAAAAAACAAAAAAAAAACAAACGAAAAAGAAGAUGGCCAAUCAUUGUGUGUACAGUUUAAAUUGUAAUUAAUAGAACCUGUUGA